AUGAAGGGUCUAGUUCGCAUUAGACUUGCUCGAAUGGGUAGAGUCCACCAGCCGAUUUAUAACAUUGUUGUCACAAAUAAACGUACGAAGAGAGAUGGGAAGCCAAUAGAAAUUAUUGGAACGUAUAAUCCUGUGCCAACACCACUUACUGCAAAACAGAAGGUGCAAGGAUAUGUUCCUACGAAAGAUGUUGCACUUGACUUUACCCGGGCUAAAUAUUGGUUAGGUGUGGGAGCGCAGCCUACUGAAACAAUAGCUAAGCUUUUUAAGAAGGCAGGUAUCCUUUAUCCUGAAUGGCCACUACCAAGCAAAGUUGCCAGGAUUAGAAAGACUCAGAUCAUGUCGAUUGAGGGGAGGAAAUUCACCUAA